CUCCGGGCAGGGCCCCAUGGAGGACCUUAGCCUGGACAGCUGCAGAGAGGAGGAUGCAGCGCCCGGCACCAAGGGGUGGCCCGAACCCCAGGUGAGGGUGCACUUCCGGGUGACAACAUUCAUCAUGGAGGCAGGUUUCAAGCUAGGGAUGCAGUCCAUUCCCCUCGCCACAGCCUGUGCCAUUUACCAUAAGUUCUUCUGUGAGAUCAACGUGGACGCCUAUGACCCCUACUUGGUCGCCAUGUCUGCCCUUUACUUGGCUGGCAAAGUGGAAGAACAGCCCCUGCGAACCCGUGACAUCAUCAAUGUGUCCAACAGGUACUUCUACCCGGGCAGCGAGCCCUUGGAGAUGGACUCCCGAUUCUGGGUGAUCCGGGACAGCAUUGUGCAGUGCGAGCUCCUUGUGCUGCGUGUACUGCGCUUCCAAGUAUCCUUUCAGCACCCACACAGGUACCUGCUCCACUACCUGAUUUCUCUCAAGAACUGGAUGAAUCCUUACAGCUGGCAACGGACCCCCAUCUCUGUCACUUCCUGGGCCCUGCUGCGGGACAGCUACCACGGGGGGCUGUGCUUCCGGUUCCAGGCUCAGCACAUAGCGGUGGCGGUGCUCCACCUGGCCCUGCAGGCCUAUGGGGUCCAGGUGCCCGCCGAGGCCGAGGCCGAGAAGCCAUGGUGGCAGGUGUUUAGUGACGACCUUACUAAGCCAAUCAUUGAUAACAUUGUGUCUGAUCUCACACGGAUUUAUACCAUGGACACAGAGAUCCCCAAAGGCCCUGGCCCAGGCCUGUCCAAAGAGAAGCAUCGGAUGCUUGGCUGCCAGGGUACAGCGCCCCCACAUCGCCCUGAAGGCCGGUCCCCAGAGCACUGGCUGGGAGGACUGGUUUUGUGCUUCUGCAGACAGGCCAGUGAAGGCGAUGACAUGCUGCCACUUUGA